AAAUCGUAUCCGACGCAAGACGCGAGGAUACGGGAUGCUGCCCGAGGGCACUUGUGGGAGGGUCAGAGACUCAAGUGGCUGGUGUGCGAGUUGCGUGGUACUAAUUGAUGUCGUUUCAGUGCUCCCUUGACAUGAUGGGAACGUCUGAACGACAGAAUGGUAUCGUGGUGAUGUGCGCGAAGCUACAUGGAGAGGACGAGGAAAAGAAAAGUUCAUCUGAGCUCGCCGCCAAGCCCUAAUAGCCGCGCUAAGGUCACCUCCAGCUUCGGAAACGGCGAGCUCUCCAUGUCACCCCCAACGUACUCGACUCGAUUGUAGCCAGCAUCACGUCUUGACUCUACCUUCGCCGACCUCUCCGUCGUCGCCGAGUUUUGACACGCUCCCGCUCUCCCGUUCCCGACCGGCGCCAUGACGAAGAAGCGCAAGAGAUAUCCCGACCUCAACCAGAAGCUCGAGCGGCCAUGGUGCUACUACUGCGAGCGCGACUUUGACGACCUCAAGAUCCUCAUCUCCCACCAGAAAGCAAAACACUUCAAAUGCGACCGUUGCGGGCGUCGGUUAAACACUGCCGGAGGUCUCUCGGUGCACAUGUCCCAAGUCCACAAGGAAAACCUCACACAUGUCGAGAACGCGAUCCCGGGGCGCCAGGGCCUCGAGCUGGAAAUCUUCGGCAUGGAAGGUGUGCCUGCGGAGAUAAUAGACCUGCAGAACCAGCAGGUCACGCAGAAGCACUUCGCCGAGGAGCAAGAGCGCGCGCGCAUAACGGGUAACCCUGUCCGCGGCCAGUACGCGAACGGCACGGUGCCGCCUAACAAGCGCCCCAAAGUCACAGAGAGCUUGGAGGAGAUUGAGGAGCGCGCAGACAAAUUCAGACACGACCGCAAGAACGGCAUCCUGCCGCCGCCGCCCGUCGUCGAAGCCGUGCAGAACCCCACACCACCAGCCGCCCAGCCCCCAUACGGCGCCCCCUCCCCCUUCCCCCCCGCCGCAUACCCCCCACAACAAGCCUUCUCCCCCGCAAACGGCGGCAUACCCGCCCGCCCAGGCAGCAUACCCGGGCAACCAGGCGCCCUACCCGCACGACCAGGCUUCGGCGCCCCGCCCGGCGGCUUUCCCCCCGGCCCAGACGCCAUCCAAGCCUCGCUCGACGACCUCAUCAACGAGGCUACCAAGGCAGCUGCGCCCGACGACAAGAAGGAGGAGAAGAAGAGCAAAAAGGACAAGAACAUCAAGUUGGUUUUCUUUGACGAGAUUGUUAGCCCCGAGGAGAAGAUGGCGCUUUUGCCGAGGUUCGCGGAGUUUGCGAGGGCGUAGAUGGACGUGUGUGUGUGUGUUUCAGUAGGCGUUUGCUUUGCAGAUUGUAAGGCGGGUGGGAGGGGAUUAAAUCGAGGAUGGGACAUGUUCUGUUCAAAAGGGGGAUUUGGGGGUGGAUAAGUCAAGUCAAGUCAAGUCAAUUCAAUGAAAUAUACAAAAGGCACUAGCAAGCAAGC